AUCUUUCACCUGGUUUCCAUAUUUAUUGGUGAGACCUUAACACUUUCUUUCUGUAAUAUCCUUCUAGGUUUUUUUGAAACAUAUAUUCUUUGUUUAAAAAGAAGCCAAAGCAUGUCCGAAAAUACUACCUCGGAAACCCCGUAAAUACUGCAGUGUGAGGAACCGCCGCUCCGAGCACACCGCUGAUCUUCCUGUCUCAGGCAGGGUGGAUAGAGAGCAGCAGGUGUGCUAUGUCUUUGGCUGGCGCAGCAGGCACCCAUGGCGAUGAGCACUUCCCCGCCCUGGCCCUGGGAGGCAGCCUGCUGUCCAAGGAGCCCGGGGGCAGCCCCAGCCUGGCCGACCUGCCCAGGGAUGGCAACGCCUCCGAUAAGAGCAUCGACUACAGCAGAUCUCAGUGCUCCUGCAGCCUAAUUUCUUAUUAUGAUUACUCAGAAGACUUUCUCUCUGACUGUUCAGAAACACCCACUAAUGAAAACAGCCACUAUUUAGAGAAGCCUGUGAUAAAGGAAAAAAAGGAGAAGAAAGACUACGUUUCUGAACUCUUCCAACCUAAAGCCAACAGGUGGCCUUGUCACAGAGCACCUCAGUGCUUGGAUUUCAGUGGCCUCCUGCCUUGCAUCUCAGCGGGAGAACUAUGGUUUGAGUCACCAAUGAAAUACCAAUUCCUGUCUCAACAGCCCGAGAAGAUGUUCUCCAACUCUGGCCAGAAGGAAAUCUCGGUUGAAAAAAAGCAGAAGUGGAAUGCAUCCCUUUUAAAUUCCAAAAUCACCAUGAUUACCCAGAGGAGAGAUGCCAUAACUCAGCGCGUGCUCUCGGCCCGGCUCCGUAAGAUCAAAGAGUUGAAAAACGAAUUGAGUGACAUUCAUCGGAGGAUGGAGGCCACGGCCCUGGAGAACCAGCUACUGAAGCAGCUUGAGAUUAGGCACCUGAAAGCUAUAGGCAGAUAUGAGACUUCCCAGAAUAAUGUCCCCCAGAUCAUGGCCAAGCACCAGAAUGAAGUGAAAAGCUUACGGCAGCUCCUGAAGAAGUCCAAGGAGAAGGAGAGGGCCGUGUCCCGGAAGCUGAAGGAGACGGACAGCAAGCUGCUGAAGACCAAGGACGCGCUGCAGGCACUGCAGAGCCUCUCGGAGGACCGCAGCCUGGCCCAGCGGGAGGAGCUCACCGAGCGGCUGGCCGUGCUCACCGCCAAGAUGGAGGCCAACGACAAGCAGAUCCAGAACUUGGAGAAGCAGCUGCGCCUGAACAACAAGGCCUUCAGCCGGCAGCUGGCCAUCGAGAACCAGAAGACGCUGGCCGCCCAGACCGCCAAGGAGACGCUGCAGGCGGAAGUCAAGCUCCUCCAGCAGAAACUGAAGGAGAAAGAUCGAGAGCUUGACAUAAAAAACAUCUAUACUAAUCGGAUAAUGAAAAAUUUACAUGACAAAGAAGAGUAUCCAAUAGUUUCUUCAACAAAAUCCGUGCAGACAGACAGGAAAAGUGUUCCAUUUACCAGGACAAGACAACAGGGCACCCAGAAAUCGGAAGAUGUGCCGUCUUUGACGACUAAGGGUAAAAAGACAACAGGAAACACGGGUCAUAAAGAAAAAGCCACUGGCCUAGUCCAUGUGAUCCCUCACAGUGGCAGUAAACUAGCAAGCCAAGAGGAGUCCAAGAGAAAAUAUGAAGAUUUAUCAAAGGAAGAGGAACACCCGAGCGUACCAGCAGCUCUGGAGAACCCUGGAAGACAGAGGGAGAGACAAGCCGAUCAGGAGAAGAGAACCACGUUAGAAAAAGAACAAGAACUGCCGUCCAAAAGAAUCCAGGUCUCUCACCCUGAGCGGGGAAGCCAGCAGGAAAACGAUGCAAAAGAGGAGCUGAAAAAAGGCGCCCCGAAAGGCGCCCGGGACGAGGCACCGAGUAAGAACGCCCAGAACGCCAAGGCACACCUCCGGCAGAGAAAGCAUUAUCUGUUCACGGAAGCCACGGAAAAUCUGCAUCACGGGCUUCCUGCCUCGGGUGGGCCGGCCAGGCCAGGCGUCUGGAGGUGCAGCCACAGCACAGGCAGACGGCGCGGCGCCAAAGAGCUGAAGCCCAGGCCCGCUGGGUGCGGGUACGAGCCCUCCUUCGGGAAUCCCCCCAGAGCAAAGGCGAGAGACGCAACCUUCAGAGAAAAGAAGAGCCAUCUGAUGGAGGAGCUCUUUGGAUCAGGCUGUGUCUUUAAAAACGACCAGGAGAGCACUGCUAACGAAGGGUCCGAGGAGACCUGGGAAAGUAAGCAGCAGCAGCCACCCCCGAGUCAGGCCUCUGCCCGCAAUGCUUUUGGCGAUUCUAAAGUAACUGUGGUGAAUUCUGUUCAGCCAUCGUCACCGACAGAAGGAAAAGUAAAGAUAAUUAUUUAAAUAAAAUCGAUAUUCUAAUACA